AGUGCAGCUGAGAGCAUGCUGGAUGUGGCUCUACUGAUGGCUAACGCCUCCCAGCUAAAGGCGGUGCUGGAGCAGGGACCAAACUUUUCCUUUUACACCCCCGUCGUCACCCUAAUCAGCAUCUCCCUCGGUCUGCAGCUCACAGUCGGGGUGCUGCUUAUCUUCAUAGUUCGAUGGAACCUGAAUGAUGAGCAAAAGCAAUGGAGGCUGAACACUAUGGAAAACUUGGCCACAGUCCUGGUUUUUAUCAUCGUGGUAGUCAACGUCUUCAUCACAGCCUUCGGGGUCCGCCGGCCAAACCGCAGCAACUGACCAAGAACACACACAGACAUCCAUGGAGUCAGCAAGUUUUUGGUCCUCUCCUGACGUGACCUUCACAAUCACCUACCUGACCUACAAACACACUGACCUCUCCAGGCUCACAGAGAAAUUUCCACCGGAAAACAACUCAAACAAAAUCCAACAAC